GAAUUUCCUUCCUCAGGGUCUGACUGAAUAUCAUGGCUUCUGGGGAUGCUGUGGAGAAGACCGUGAACACAUCUUCCGUGGAAGCCCCCAUUCAUGUCCCAAAUCAACAUCUUCAGAAGAUGGGAGAUGACAUCCUGUACCAUUUUGCUCUGGGCACUGGCACCCAUGACUUCCCUGCCUUGUUUGGAGAUGUAAAGUUUGUGUGUGUUGGAGGAAGCCCUUCGCGAAUGAAAGCUUUUAUUACCUACAUAGCUGAAGAGUUGGGAGUUGGCAGCCCAGGCAAGGACUACCCCAAUAUCUGUGCAGGAACCGAUCGUUAUGCGAUGUACAAAGCAGGGCCUGUGCUAUCCGUCAGUCAUGGAAUGGGGAUUCCUUCCAUUUCCAUCAUGCUGCAUGAACUCUUCAAGCUGCUGUGUCAUUCCAAGUGUUCCAAUGUAACCAUUAUUCGUAUCGGCACAUCUGGGGGAAUAGGUUUGGCACCAGGAUCUGUGGUGAUCACCAAGCAAUCUGUAGAUGCCACCUUCAAACCUCAGUUUGAACAGUUUGUUCUGGGAAAGCCCAUAUAUCGUAGCACAAACUUAGACGAGGAACUGGCUCAAGACUUGAUGGAGUGUGCCAAGGAACUGGAUCAAUUCAAAACAGUCAUUGGGAACACCAUGUGCACUCUGGAUUUCUAUGAAGGCCAAGCUCGUCUUGAUGGCGCAAUCUGCUCAUACACUGAGGAAGAGAAGGCACAAUAUUUAACGGCAGCUUACAAGGCCGGAGUCAGGAAUAUUGAGAUGGAAUCUUCUGUUUUUGCAGCCAUGUGCAAUAUUGUUGGUAUCAAAGGUGCUGUGGUCUGUGUAACACUCCUGAACCGACUGGAGGGCGACCAAAUCUCCACCCCCCACGAUGUGCUGGCUGAAUACCAGAAGAGGCCGCAGAAAUUGGUGGGGCACUGGAUUAAGAAACGUCUUGGGAAAAAGUGACAUUGCCAUUUUUAGUUAGCUUUAUACUGUAAA